UCGGUAUGACAAUUUUCUACCAAUCAAAGGGGUAUCGAAUAAGCACCCCAGUACAUACCAGAGGCCGAACAUCCUAUUUUGAACACAUCCACCGGAUUCUUCUCGCUCACUGCUUCCCCCAGAUCCAACCAUCUUUCCUCGACCGCGUCACAACGCCUUACAACAAUGCCGUACACUCCCGUCAUUAAACACCUUCGCUCCAGCGACGGGCACGCCAUCUACGCAGAGGCCAUCGGGAAUCUGAAGAAUCCGCAUGUUAUUCUCGCCCAUGGCCUGACGCUUACCGCCGCCGCCUUCAAUAACCUCUUUGAGGACCAGCGGCUUCUUGAGAAGGUCUAUCUGGUCCGCUACGACCUGCGGGGCCACGGCAGGAGUGGUAUGCCCAGCAACCCGGAGGGGUACGCGUCGUCUCUGUUCGCGGACGACUACGCGGAGGUCCUGCGUGCAUUUGACGUGAAGAACCCAAUCCACGUUGGCUGGAGCUACGGUUGUACUGUCGCGGCUGACGUCUGCACUCACAUCACCCCCAACCCCAUCCGCGGGCUCGUCUACUUGGCCGCCCUUCCAUACAUUGGUCCUAUCAUGGGCCGCGUCGGGACACCGACCGUACUCGGCUUCCUCCCGGGCCUCAUGAACGAAACCGACGUCGCUCUCAGCUGCCGCACGAAGGUAGAGUUCGCGGAGUCGGUCUUCACGCAUCCCGAGCGCGUCGACUUCGACCUGAAGGCGUCCUGGAUUGGCCAGGGUGCUCUCCAGCCGCCCAGCGUCACGAAGCUGAUCGCGACGCGAGCUCAAGACCCGCAAAAGCUGCUUGAGGCGGGUCAGAAUGGGCUUCCGAUGCUCGUGCUCAAUGGAACGGCCGACAAACAGGUGCAGGGCGACGUCGUCGUGCAGGAGAUGAAACCGUACUUCAAGGACAUGGACGUCGUCAUGGUCGAGGGUGGAAGCCAUGCGCUGUUCUACGAGUACCAAAAGGAGACUGUGGAUGCCCUCUUGAAGUUCGUAGAACGUGUGGUGGCAAAGAAUCCGUAGGGCAUCUAUCGCGCGCGACAGCCACAAACGAGAUGGAAAUGUCCAUUUAUGAUACUCUCAUGUGACGGUCGACUACGUAUAGUAUACGAUGUCUUUCGAGUAGCAGUCGUCAUACUUCACACUCGGUGCCGAAUCUCAAAUGAUAGCCCGUUCAAUGCGUUAUCCCUGAUACUGUGCA